GCUGCUGCUGUUGGCCUUUUCUGCUCUAUAGUUCUAGAGUUCUACUAUCGCGAUACUACGCAUUGAACAGAGAGAGAAAGAGAGAGCAAACACAUAGAUCUGUGUGAGCUCAUUCAAUUCCCGCUCGCGCGCCUCCCAGACGAACAACCUCCUCCUCGUAUCUUCCUCACUCGCCCGCCCGCCCCGGCGCUGACCGCAAUCAUGAAAUUCACCACCACCACCGUCGUCCUCACCUCCGCGCUCCUCGCAGUAGCGCAACAACCAAUCACCAUCGACACCAUCAUCGCCAACGUGCAAAACAUCACCAACGGAUCCCUCGCCGUGCAAACCGCAGCCAACAACCUCACCACCCUCGCCGACGCCAUCCCUCUCAACGAAGCCUCCACACACGUCCAAGCCGCCUUAAACCUCAGCAUCUCCAACGCGCAACAACUCCCCGAAACUCUCAACCCAGCCGACGGAAUCAAACUGAUUCCCUACAUUCAAGAACUCGGCAAUGCCUCCGUCGGCGCCAUCACCACACUCAUCACCAAACAAGCCUUUUUCAUCAAUAAUAAUAUUGCAGCCCUAGUCUUGCCGUCGUUGGUGCUGCAGAAUCAGACUUCGUAUCAGUUUAAUGACGAAUUGACGAAGAGGAAUUCUCCUACUGUCAGAGAGGGAAGUGCUAUGCUUGCUAAACCCAUUACGGAUGCGUUGGCUGCGGGGAUUAAGGCGUUUUCGGAUAAUGGGACGUUGUGUGAUAGUGUGCCGUCGUGUUAUGAGGCGGCGGGCGUGGGGAAUUCUACGGGGGAGACGAGUGGGGCGGUGGGGGGUGGUGGUGUGGGUUAUGGGAGUGUGAUUGUUGCGGGGUUGGCGGCGUUUGCUGUUGUUGCGGUAUAGGAGAAAGAGGAAUUUUGCUUUUGGGUGAAUACUUUUUCACGUUCUGCAGACACCCCGAUUUUUUCAUGGCAGGUCUGGCAGAUUUUGGUUUCUUUUUUUGGGGGGUUUCUUUCUUCUUUUCGACGAAGUUGACGAUGAUGAAAGGGAACAGUAUUAUGAACAAAAACGUUACCUUACCUAAGGUACUUCUACGGCGGACCUCCGGAUGGUAUGAAACGCCCGUGCCUGAGGCUCUGAGCUUUCUUCUACUGUUUACGAACAGUGGCUAGCUAAGGUACCAGGUAGUAUGCGAUUUCCACUUUGGGCGAUUCUUGUAUGUACAGUUGGGAACGUUCAAUUUUCAACGAAUGAAAAGAAAAGG